UCGAGUUCAAUCGUCGUUCAAUUGCUGCUAAGGGCUAUAUUCGCCCUAUCAAGCAAGGGAUUCCUCGUCGGAUUCUUUCAAGCCAUUGCGAAAAAACAAUUGGUAGAACUCCGCAACUUGUUAGGAGUAGGGGCUUUCUUGUACGCUUCUCUCCCCCCUAUCCCUUAAAGCAAAGCGAAGUAAACCCUUGGGAACAAACUUUGGAUCCGUUGUAAACUGAUGAAUUAUGAACUGUCAUGUCAUAAUUGUGAGAGAAAGUAGUUGAGGGAGGGUUGGUGUAGUAUUAUUCAUGUUGGUAUAUUAGAUUGCUCAAAGUAAGCGACGUUGACGUUGUAAUGCCUAUUGUCGUGCUCAGCCUCAUCAACUUCGUACAAUUGAAGUUUUAGACUGGAGAACAUGCUUUACAGAAAACCAAAUUUGAAGCUAUCAGUAACUAAACUAGUUAACAGAGUCAGUUCCACUUUAAUCCCAAACCCAUUUUCCCUGACCAAAACGCAUCACCACCCAUAUUCAGAACUCUUGUUCAAUCAACAAAACAUCUUUUACAUUGAUUUAUUCUCUCAACUCAAGUCACCACCUCAUGUUUUUGAAGCCAAAAGAUUACAUGCUAUACUUAUCGUCAGAGGUUUCUUUAGUCCUACCUGUACUGAUAGAGUGUUGGCUCCACAGCUCGUCAAUGUCUAUGUUAACUAUGGUUGUCUGCGAGAAGCAUUUCUUGUGUUUGAUAAGCUACCCAAUAAGAGUAAUAAUAUUGCUUGGAAUGCUAUACUUAGAGGUUUCAUCGACACGGGUAAGUUUUCAAAAGCCAUUGAAUUUUAUUACUUGAUGCUUAGGGAAGGUGUGGUCCCUGAUAAUUUUACGUACCCACUUGUUUUAAAGGCUUGUUCUGGGUUGAAUGAUCUCGAACAAGGUAGGAGUAUUCAAGGUCACAUUCUAUUAGACGACGCUAAUGGUAAUAUGAAGCGUAACAUUUACGUUGAUUGUGCUAUGAUUAAUAUGUUUGCGAAGUGUGGCAGCCUGAAUGAAGCAAAAAAAGUGUUUGAAGAAAUGCCCAAAAGAGAUUUGGUUUCUUGGAGUGCAAUGAUAUGUGGAGCUGUGCAGAGUGCGGAGUGGUUUGAGGCAUUGUGUCUGUUUAAAAGGAUGAGAUCCGAAGGCUUUCAGCCGGAUUCAGUAAUUGUGGCGACUGUUCUUCCGGCUUGUGGUAGAUUGGAAGAUAAGCAAAUGGGAAUGAUCUUGCAGGGAUGUGCUAUAAGGAGUGGUUUGGAGAGUGAUUUGUUUGUUUCGAAUGCUCUUAUUGAUAUGUAUUGCAAGUGUGGUGAUACACAUGAAGCUCACAGAAUAUUUUGUGGGAUGGUGUAUAAGGAUGUAGUCUCAUGGAGCACCUUGAUUACUGGUUACUCACAGAUUUGUCAAUACCAUGAGAGCUUUAAAAGGUUUCUUGAGAUGAAUAGUGCAGGUAUAAGGACAAAUGCAAUUGUUGCUGCAAGUGUUCUUCCUGCACUAGGCAAGCUCAAAUUGUUAAAACAGGGGAAGGAGAUGCACAACUAUAUUCUUAAACAAGUUUUUGAAUCCGAUGUUGUAGUUGGAAGUGCGUUGAUAGAUAUGUAUGCUAACUGUGGUGCAACAACAGAAGCAAAACAUGUUUUUGAGGUCAUGUUGGAUAGUGGCAUCAAUAUAUGGAAUUCCAUGAUUGUUGGGUAUUCUUUGAAUGGUGAUCUUGAUUCAGCAUUUGAGGUAUUUCGGAGAAUGUGGGACUCUAAAAUCAGACCAAAUUACAUAACACUAAUGAGCAUUCUUCCUAUGUGUACCAAAGUGGGAAGUGUUAGACUGGGAAAAGAAAUUCAUGGCUAUGCCACUAGAAGUGGUCUUGGUUUUAUUGUAGUUUCAGUGCAAAACUCAACAAUAGACAUGUACUGCAAAUGUGGGCACUUAGAACUUGGAUUGAAGGUAUUUAAUAAGAUGAGGGAAAAGAAUAUUGUGACAUAUAACACAAUAAUCUCUGCUUAUGGGAUUCAUGGGUGUGGAAAUGAGGCAUUUGCACUAUUUGAGGAAAUGAAGACAGCAAGAAUUAGUCCAAACAAAGUCACUUUUGUUUCACUUUUAUCAGCUUGUAGUCAUUCAGGUGUAGUUGACAAAGGUUGGUUCUUUUAUAAUGCCAUGAUAAAUAACUACCAUAUUCUACCAGACAUGGAACACUUUUCCUGCAUGGUAGACCUUCUUGGCAGAGCAGGGCACCUUCAUGAUGCAUGUAAUUUCAUCAGAAGAAUGCCAGUGGAACCAGACAUAGAUGUUUUAGGAAGCUUGCUUGGGGCUUGCAAAGUCCAUAAUAAUUUUGAGCUUGCUGAGCUUGUUGGGGAUCUUAUUCUCCAAAAGAAUCAGAAAGAUUCAGGCUACCAUGUGCUCUUAUCCAACAUAUAUGCCACCACAGAUAGAUGGAAUGACGCACUGAAGGUAAGAACAAUGAUGAAAAAGAAGUGUUUAAUAAAGGAACCUGGAAGGAGUUGGAUUGAGAUUGGUUCUUGCAUUCACAUGUUUCAAGCUAGAGAUAUAACACAUCCGGACUUCAGCAACAUUCAGGAAAUACUGAAUGUCUUAUUGUUAGAGAUGAAGGAUGAAGGAUAUAUAACAGAUUCAAAUUUGUUUUCUCAUGAUCCUAUUAUUGGUGCAGAUGAGUUGAUCAAUUUUAAUGUUAGCUGAAAAUCUCAAUGUUAUACGCAGAUUGACAAAUCCUUGGGCAUUUUUCUUAUCAGUGCUGUACAGGCUACAGGCAUAUGCUUUGUUGAUAAUGAUACUGAUCAUCUACAUU